CUAGACUCUAUCUGUAAAUUUUUGUUCUGGCAUCAUUGAUCUUAAAAAAAAAUGUCCACCGACGAAGAAGAUUCGAAGACAUUUUCAAUAUCUAGAAUUACUAGUAUACCAUGUUUUAGAAAAUCAUUUUUGUAUGGUAUUGGUGGAGGCCUGGGUAUUGGAUUAGCACAUUUUCUUUUUACCAGUAAUGUUUCCAGAGCAACAAACUUUGGGUUAGGAGGAUAUCUUUUGGUCUGGCUUGGAACUUGGGGAGUUUGUAGGUAUCAUAAUGCACAGCAAAGGUUUAAGGCACGACAAGCUCAGAAGAUGAUGAAGGGAAAUCAAAAUUACAAGUUAAUAGAUCCAAAGGAUAUUUAAAUGGGAUGAAUUGUUAUAUAUUUCAUAUCAUGCAAUGCUAGAAUUGAAUAAUUGAUAUAAUUUUGUGUCUGAAUGUCUUACUUCAUGUAGAGAAUUUAUUAAUGAGUACUGUACUUAUAGAAGAAUGACUUUUUUGUUGUAAAUAUAAUUUUAUAUAUAAAAACACUGUUUUUGUUUUCCUGUAUAACAUGCUUUACAGCUGUAAUUUAAAAAAAAAAUUGUCCUUAUUUUUAGUAACU